AUGGGAGCAUCUAGGAAGUCUGCCUUCUCCUUCUCUGUGAGUCUGGACAGGUUCAGCCACAGGGCUCUCUCCCCCACCACUCAUGACGCAUCCACAGCCUUGGAUAGCUCCCCUGGAGGCGAGGAGGUUGAGACUUUAACUCAUUUUUCUAAUGUGAUUCCACUUGGAAGGGGACUUGUGAAAAUGGAGAUUGCCUCACUGAAUGUAACUGCUGUGAACAGCAACAUGCACAGCGUCGCUAUGGACAGCGCCAACCGCACCUACAUGCCUUAUUACCUGCACUCCACCGGCAUGUCCGUCAGCUACAUCCUGUGCUAUGUGGUGGUUCUCCUGCUCUGUGUCGGGGGGAAUGUACUGGUCUCCCUGGUGGUCCUCCGGAACCGCAACAUGCGCUCCGUCACUAACCUAUUCAUCCUCAACUUGGCCGUCAGUGACCUGCUCAUUGGAGUGUUCUGCGUUCCGACGACUUUGAUUGACAACCUGAUAUCAGGAUGGCCAUUUGGCCAGAUCACAUGCACCAUGAGCAACCUGGUCCAGGGGAUGUCAGUGUCAGCAUCAGUCUUCACUCUGGUGGCCAUAGCUGUUGACAGGUUCACAGGUAUUGUGUACCCCUUUAGACAUCGGACGAGGCCUGUGACUGCUCUUCUCACCAUCCUUUUCAUAUGGGUGCUGGCAUUUGCUGUCAUCUGCCCCUCGGCCGCCAACCUGACCGUUAUACACCUGGAGGACACCUACAUGGUCCAGGACAACCAGACCUACCCUGUCUUCGUCUGCUUCGAGAACUGGCCUCGACCCGAGAUGCGUCGGGUCUACACCAUGGUCAUCUUCGUUCACGUGUACCUGGCCCCCCUGGGCAUCAUCAGCAUCAUGUAUGGCUGCAUCGCUGCCAAGCUCUCUAUCAACCUAAGGCAGGUGAGGCUGGGAAAAGUGCGGAGGGUCCACUCCCAACGCAGGGCUAAAGUGAUCAAGAUGCUGAUCAUGGUGGCUGUGCUCUUCAUGGUGUCAUGGCUACCUCUGUGGACGCUAAUGCUGCUGACUGACUACAGGGAUCUGGACACACAGCAGAUUAACUUCCUCAGCAGCUACCUGUUCCCAGUGGCCCACUGGCUGGCCUUCUUUAACAGCGGGAUUAACCCCAUCAUCUAUGGCUUUUUCAAUGAGAACUUCCGCAGGGGAUUCCAGGCUGCAGUGGCCUGCAGGUCCUGUUCACAACCAACAAUAACAACAACAGUGGUGGUUAAUACACGCUUUAACUUCCCGCCCCCUAACAGAGUAUUCAAUGAUAACCCUGAGUCCUCUGGUGGGAAGAAAGGCCACAGCUCCAGGUGCACUCCUAAGAUUAUCCCACAUGGAACCAAUGAAAUCCUCCUGGAUGACAGGAAUGUUGCUUCCAACAGGGUGAUUGGUGCCUGGGUGGAGUGA